UGUGUGUGUCAGACGUGCUCACACUAACUUUACCUCUCAUCACUUCACAGCUCAUCGCCAACACUCACUAACCUCCACUAACUUCCAGCCUCAACAGAAACUAGAAGAACCGUCUUUCAGUUGUCCUCACUGAAGUCAGCGAGUGGAGAAGAACUGCAGAACUCAGGUGAAGAGUUGUGAUAUCUGUGCUAGGAGCAGUUUGUAGACUGAAUAUGAUCCUGCUGUGAAGAAAAGGACUUUUAAGACACUAGCAGUCAUCAUGUGUACGGGUAAAUGUGCUAAAUGCACCGCAGACCUUCUCUUCCCGCUCGGUCUCUUAGCCGUGGUCGGGAACAUCCUGCUGUUUUUUCCCAACGGUGAGGUGUGGAGGACCGAGGAGAUCACAGAGAAGAUCUGGUUCUUCCCCGGGGUGAUCGGAGCAGGACUGCUGGCGUUUCUGCCGGCGUCCAUCAUGAGGGCCGCAGGACGGGAGGGCAGCUGCUGCGCAAACAGAUGCGGGAUGAUGCUGUCCAUGCUGAUGUCUGUGUUGGGUGUUGCUGGAGCUCUGUACUGUAUGAUCAUCUCUGCCGUCGGUCUGCAGGAUGGCCCUCUGUGUGACACAGGAGACGGGAUCUUCAUCUAUCCCUUCUUCAACAGCACUACAGAAGAGAGUUAUCUGUCUAACCAGACGUCGUGGACGGUGUGUGUGCGGCCGCAGAAUGUGGUCAUGUGGAACGUGGUCCUGUUUUCCAUUCUCUUGAGCAUCGGGACUCUGGAGGCUGUGCUUCUGCUGGCACAGAUAGUGAAUGGACUGAUCGGGUGUCUCUGUGGGACCUGCAUGAACGAGAACCAGCAGACACGGAUGGAAUGAAACCCAAGAGCACACUCCAGCAUGUGGGACCUGUGCAGAGAUAUAUAUGAACACAAUGACAUCCACACAGAUCUGCAGAAACACACGUGUGAAACACACUGAGGUUUCAUAACACACAUAUGAUGAAUAUCAUGUCUAGUUUUUGUGAAUCAUACUCUUGUCUUCUGUAAAUGAAGCCUUUGACAGGUAAUGAAUCUAUAGAAGGUCAAAUCAUCUCAUGGCAAUUCGUAGGUGAUUUUACAUUUUAGUGAAUAUUAGCAAUAUUUCAGACACAUGAUGUUUAAAUAACCCUGUAAUAUUCAACCAUUAAAUAUAAUAAACUUAUUUUCCAUGUUUUGUAAA